AUGAAAUUGAACAUACUCACAGGCAUGGUCAACUUGGAUGGAAAAGCCAAGUAUCUUGAUACCGUCAACAAAAGUGAAGAAGUGGAUCGAACUACUCUCGUAUUAAAGCUUAAAACAAAAUGUGACACUCUUCUGAUUUCGCAUGCUGGCAUUCUUUCUCUCAUCAAUCCAGCUGCAUUUAAACAUCCGGAUACAACACAUGUCGUUACACAAAUAUAUUGGGGCGCAAAUGUCUCGGCUACUUUCGAUCAACAAACAACUACAUCCACAGAGAAGAAUACAGCUUCCGGAAGUGGAUCGGCGACUACACCGAAGAUAAAAGAACUUGUGAGUGAUCUUUCGUGCAGUAGUGAUUUUCAACGACUCAAAGAGGAAGAAUCAAAGGGAAAAACGAUAAAAAUUGAAUUUCAAGGCGAUGUGGAAAUGAACAUUAUGCCGUCUUCGAUGGACGAUGCAUUAGCAAUGAUCAAAAAUAUUCCUCUUAAGAUAGCAGAAAAGAAUGGAGGCAAAGGUGUUCAAAUUUCCUAUAUAUUGACUCCGCUUAGCGAAGUCAUUCAUUACUUGCCAUCCAUUGAACCUCAAGUGUCGCCAACGGAUAACGUGUUCGCUCGCAAGAUGGACGACGACUUUGUUCGUCACAUUCAAAUUAUCUUUGAUCAACUACUACUUGAUACUCGCCGCAUGAACGCAUUCAUCGAACUUGCUAAUAACAAGUAUAAAAAUUACUUAUCAGCUCAAGAUGCGACCCUUCUUCAGGAUCAACAAGUAAGAUGUACGAUAUUUUAA